AACAAGCGAGAUGUACAUUCUCCAUUCGACAAGCUUCGAUUUGUCAUUGAAAACUAUCAUGCUGCUCAUUCGCUCACGCUAAAAGUUAGUGCAAUAUCUUUUAUAAGUAUUAUGACUAUGCGGUUCUUUAAAAGACGGGCAGUGAACUCACAGAAGCGCUGGCUAACAUAUAUUGUUUAUGUUCCCGAAAUUUUGAUUUUAGUUGCCACAACAACAAUUCUAUGUCAAAAAUUUCAUUGGAAUGAUCAAGGGUUGAGUGUUGUUGGUGAGGUUUCAGACAUGUCAGCAAAAAUUCCCCUUUUCAAUCCAUUGCCUACAAGUCACUUACAACUUGCGAAAAAGCUCAGCACCUCAGGUUUUUUAUGCGCUAUGCUUGGCUUUUUUGAGUCAACUACGGCUCUGAAGUCUUUGGGUUCUAGAUACGAUUUGCCAAUAUCAUCCAAUCGAGAACUUGUGGCGCUCGGAGCGAUAAAUUUGGUUUGUUCCAUCUUUGGAGGGCUACCUUCUUUUGGGGGAUAUGGAAGAUCAAAGAUUAAUGCUAUUUCGGCAAAAACAACCUUUUCGGGUGUUAUAAUGGGAUUAUUCUCUUUGAUCACCGCGAGCUUUGUUUCGAGACUCGUUUACUAUAUUCCUAAAUGUGUUUUGAGUGUUAUAACUUCUGUCAUUGGGGUCCUGUUAAUCUGUGAAGGGCCACAGGAAGUGAUGUUUCACUGGCGAUCACAUGGUUUUAACGAAUUGAUCACAUUUUUCAUGACAAUCGUCACAACAAUAUUCUUUUCCAUAGAGGCCGGAAUAGCAGUUGGAUUAGUAUAUCUGUUGAUAAGAGUUGUAAAGAAUUCUGCAGAGUCGAAUAUACAGAUUCUUGGACGGGUUCCAGGAACUAAUACGUUCCUAGAUGCAGACCUUACAACUGCCCUUGGCCAAUCGAUUUCAGAGCAACAGAAUUAUGAGAAACGUCCCUCUCAGUUAAACCUUUUCACAGAUCGGUUUCGACCGCUUAAUUUUCAAGCCUUAGAAGAAAUUGAAGGUUGUCUUAUUAUUAAGAUCCCAGAACCUCUCACAUUUACAAAUGCCAGUGAUCUAAGAUCUAGACUCAAAAGGUUGGAGAUGUAUGGAUCAGCAAAAGCCCAUCCCGCCCUAAAGAGGAGUCGGGAUACAUCAAUGUCAAAAUACAUGAUAUUUGAUUUGGAAGGUAUGUCUUAUAUUGACUCUUCUGCAGCUCAUAUAUUGUACCAAUCUCUAUCGCUCUACAACAAGCGCAAUAUCAAAUCUUUUUUUGUUCGAGUCAGCAAGAGCAAUAACUUGCGUAAGAGAUUGAGAGACACCGGCAUUACAGAUAUAUUGGCAGCAGAUUGCAGAUCUAUGAGCAUAGAUGAAGUGGCCAGUGGAACAGGUCCUUCGGAUGCAUCUCAGCGUAUGAGCAAUUCAAGAGAUGGUCUUACAGACACUUCUAAAACUUUUGAUAGUGUUACCAAAUCUGAUGUCAACGGGAUUGAAGCCGGGCUGAUUUAUGCAAUUAGACAGAUUGACUUAUACAAGUAAUCUUUAUCGAUGUGCUUAUCAUAAAAUUGUUGAGCCUGAGUUGAUGUUCGUGAGAGAACAUUCUUUCUCAUCAGUCUCAGAGUAUUCCAAAAAUCAGUUAACAUAAUAAUUAUAUCAAUAAAUAAUGCAGACUUUCGGCAUUUGAGGUGUGACCUAUUAACUCAUGGAUACGAUGAAUAAAAAGGCUA